GUUUCGGCCGAUUCAAAUCGGAACUCUUAAACCCUCGCAAAGCUCGCAGAGCUCUCUCCACCUCUCGUGGCGGCGAUGGCCGCCGAUCAAGAGCUUCAACGGCGUUCCGUCGAGCACCCUCCCGAAGACCCUGAAGCCCAUGGCAACCCUGAAGACGAUGACGAUGAGGAGGUUGAUGAUGAUGAUGAGGAGGAGGAGGAGGCUUCGAAUGAGCUCCUUGGGCGACUCUCCGAUGGAACUGUUAGGGUUCGCGUCCAUGAUGUUGUCAUUAGAGGAAACGUUGUUACCAAGGAGUCCAUUAUUGAGGCCGAGGUGGCUGAUCUCUUCCGCUCGGUGUCUACGUUGAAGGAGCUCGUCCAAGCGGCCGCCACUGCAAAUGCGAUGCUUCGGCAGCUUGGGAUCUUCGAUUCGGUGUCUAUUACGCUUGAUGCGGGACCGCCUGAGCUUACCGACACGGCUAAUGUUGUUAUUCAGUUGGUGGAGGCUAAGAACCCGCUCACCGGCGACAUCGGCAUCUAUACCCGGCCGGAGGCUAGAACUUGGACUUUAGAGGGAUCAUUAAAGCGCAAAAAUUAUUUCGGAUAUGGUGAUAUUUGGGAUGCUUCCUUGGCUUAUGGCUGGGACCAAACAACAGAGUUAGGUGUUGGAGUAUACCUCCCCAGAUUCAGAGUUUUAUCAAGCCCCCUCAGUGCUCGAAUAUCACUUCUCACUCAAGAUUGGUUAAAAUUUUCAUCAUACAAAGAACAUCUACUUGGUCUUUCACUUGGUUUAUUUUCAAAAAGAGAACACGACUUGAGUUACAAUCUUACAUGGCGUGCUCUGGCUGAUCCAUCGCAAAUGGCAUCUAAGUCAGUAAGGAGGCAGUUAGGACAUAGUUUGCUCUCCUCAAUAAAGUAUACAUUUAAAGUAGACCAUAGAGAUUCUUUUCUGAGGCCAAGAACUGGAUAUGCCUUCCUUUCCACAACUCAAAUUGCUGGUUUGGGACCUGAUAGCAAGAGCGUGAGGUUUUUACGCCAGGAAUUUGAUUUACGAGGUGCUCUACCUUUGGAUUUCUACAAUGCUGCCCUCAAUGUUGGAGUGUCUGCUGGUUUUGUCAUGCCAUGGGGAAGAGGAUUCAUGAACAACUGCUCACCACUUCCUGAUCGGUUCUUUAUGGGUGGACAUUCUUCACCAGUUUGCACUUUGGCUGGACCGACCUCAUUAUUGGGCUUUAAGUUCAGAGGUUUGGGACCAACCGAUUCUCGACGGCACAUUCCAAGUAGAACUGGCAGUGGCAGUGAAGAUUCCACUGCCUCUCCCGGGAGAGAUGUUCUCGGUGGUGACAUUGCAGUUACCGCUUUUGCUGAUGUUUCUUUUGAUCUACCUCUGAAACUAUUCAGAGAGGCUGGCAUUCAUGGUCAUGCAUUUGUUUGUGUUGGAAAUCUCGCCAAGUUGUUGCCGCAGGAGCUUAAAAGCUUUUCUCUACAUAAAUUUAGGGAGACAGUCCGGAGUAGUGCCGGGUUUGGCCUGAUUAUUCCCACCAAAUUGUUCCGGAUGGAGAUAAAUUAUUGUUAUAUAUUGAAGCAGUUUGAACACGACCAAGGAAAGACCGGCAUACAGUUCAACUUCUCAUCCCCAUGAGGUUGAUUUUCAGCUACAGAAGUCUAUUCUACCGGCUUGUCAAUCAAUGUGCGACAGAGAAUAAUACAUUUUGACAGUUUUGUGAUCCAAAUUAUUUGUUUCAGUUGCGGUCGUAUUUCAGAGUCCUAAUAAACAUGAGCUGAUUGAUGGAGUUAUUUCUUAACCAUGUCAAUUACCAACAGAGUUUUCUCAUUCUACAGAUUACUUGGCAGUUAAA